UAAAAAGUGAUUAUAGAAUCUCACUAUCAGGAGAGGGCGGAUAAGUCCACGCUCUCGCGGUCCAGAGAAUUUGACACACAGGCGUCACAGGUACGGUGUCGUCGUGUCAAAACGGUUGUCAACCUCUCGAUCACGUCUGAUCAAUAAACAAUGAUUCGAUUUAUUCUCAUACAAAAUCGAGCGGGCAAAACGAGGUUGGCGAAAUGGUACAUGAAUUUCGACGACGACGAGAAACAAAAAUUGAUCGAGGAGGUACACGCUGUUGUCACCGUCAGAGAUGCCAAACACACGAAUUUCGUUGAGUUCCGGAACUUCAAAAUUGUAUAUCGACGAUAUGCCGGCCUCUACUUCUGCAUCUGCGUGGAUGUAAACGACAAUAACCUAUGUUAUCUAGAGGCAAUUCACAACUUCGUGGAAGUGCUCAACGAGUACUUCCAUAAUGUCUGUGAACUGGAUCUAGUUUUUAACUUUUACAAGGUAUACACGGUAGUUGAUGAAAUGUUUCUGGCCGGUGAAAUCAGAGAAACCAGCCAAACCAAAGUACUCAAGCAACUGCUAAUGCUGAAUUCACUCGAGUAGCGAUCGUAUUAUAAAACAAUGUCAUUAUUUUCUUCCGAAUGGAAAAUGUCUCUCUCCUUUGUUUUAUUUUCAUUUGUUUCUUUAAAAUGUUUAAAGAGCUUGAAAAAAAACAUACUCAGAAUGUAUAAAUAUUGUAUCGUACAAAAAUAAUUAGACACUCUCGUGAUACGAAGAUUAUGAGAGAUGAACCACGAUGUCAAAUGUUUAUUUAUAAGCUAUUCGAGUUGAAAUAAAAUUUACGAAAUUGCGUCAAUCGCAAUACGAGUUAUGGAA